CUGCUAAUUUACAAUGGUGUGGCUCAAUCUCCAUAUGGGCAACGACACAAGUAGUGAUCCUAACUUACACUAGUGCGGCGGCUCUUCUAUGGCUGCUGGCGGCAUGCAGCUGCGAGGCCAGGGCAAAAUUACCGGCGGGUGGGUGGACGACGACCAUGCCGGCGGUGAUAGGGUUUGGGGAUUCCAUCAUCGAUCAAGGCAUGAACAACUACAUCCCCACCGUCGGAAAGUGUAACUUCCCGCCCUACGGCGCAGACUUCAUGGCCGGCGGCCAAAAGCCUACCGGACGUUUCACCAAUGGCAAAACGCCAGCUGAUCUAAUAGCGGAGGAACUAGGAAUCAAAGAGCUUGUACCUCCUUAUUUGGACCCGAACCUGGAUCCCGAGGAUCUGAAAACGGGCGUGAGCUUUGCAUCCGGAGGCACGGGAUACGACCCGCAAACGUCGGAAGUUGCGUCAAGUGUCCCUAUGUCGAGACAACUAGACUACUUCAAAGAGUACCUGGGAAAGCUGAAGGCUGUGUUUGGAGAAAACGAGACAAAGUUCAUAACGGACAACGCUCUCUUCUUGGUGGUCGCCGGCAGUAAUGACAUUGCCAACACCUACUUCACCUUCGGACUCCGUCGGUUACAAUACGACGUUGAUUCCUACACCGAUCUUAUAGUCCGCAAGGCUUCCACUUUCAUCCAAGAAUUGUACGGAAUGGGAGCAAGAAGGAUAGGGGUAUUCAGCCAGGUGCCGGUAGGGUGUUUGCCGGCGGAGAGGACUUUGGGAGGUGGUGGUUUGGGUGGUUGUGUAGAGAAAUACAACGAAGCGGCGGAGUUGGCAAAUUCGAAGUUCCAAGCUGAGAUUGAUUCCCUAUCAGCUAACACAUUACCAAAUGCCAAGCUGGUUUUCAUAGACCUCUACAACCCUCUUCUUCAACUCAUCCAAAACCCUGCCCUAUAUGGGCUGGAGGAAGCCGAACAGCUGCACAGCAGAAAAACAGAGAAGAAAAAGAGUAAAACCGAGAGAAGGAAGAAGAGAGAAAAAGAGAGGUGCAGCCUGGUUUUGUGCUCCGAUCGACGACCAAACAAGCUCCGAUCGGGAUGAAAUUUUAGUAUGUUGUUCCUGAGAUCCUCUUCUUCAUAUCCAACGGUGGGAUUGUUGUUUUGACCUCUCGAUGUCGGUAAAAUCGCCUCUGUUUGCUGCUGCGUUUUUAUUGGGGUUUUCUCACUUUUGAGUGAAGAUUAUUGUUGUUUGGUGUUCCAAGUUGUUACUUGAUGAUUGUGUAUACCUCUAAUUGAUUUAGAGAGGAUUCUUGGUGUACCCACUGAUUUUCUUGGUGAUUAGUGGAAGGCUUCGUGGUUUUCUCCCCGAUUUGGGGUUUCCACGU